UUCUCCGCACUUCUUUGCAACAUCUGCCACGGCUUUGGCCAGCACAUGGAAGCAAAACGGUCCAGUUUUUCCAGUGGCACCAGCGGCAUGAGUUUUAAAAAACGGUUGGGCAAGAUGCGCUUCCUUGCAGCUCCGGCUCCCCAUGUUCAACCUGACCAGGCGGAGGGUGAGGGCAAGACAGCCCUGGCACAUGCUUUGAAAAAUAUUCAGAACGAGUCUGUGCGCUACAGACAUUUGCGCAUCAAACCGUGGCUGGAUGAAGAUGGCAAUGUGAUUUGGUCCUGGCAGCGUAUUUGGCUGGCGCGGAUUGUGAUGAACCAGGUCUUCGAAACCUUGAUGGGAUUGAUGAUCUUCUGUAACGUUUUGCUCAUAGUCUACGAAGCCAAUGCGGACGCAUCGUGCUACCCUGAGUUCACCGGGCGUUUCAAUGAUUGUCCGCACAGCAGCAGUGCAGACCUCUGGCCAUGGAUGUGCAAUUUGGGCUUGCAGCUGAUCUAUAGCAGCGAAUGUCUAGCCAGACUUUUUGUUGAGCGCGGCAUGUAUUUCCACAAUCGCUGGAACAUGACAGAUCUGAUGAUCGUUCUCGUGGGAUGGUUUGGCAUGGCCCUCCAAGAGAUGGUGAACUUGAAUGUCUUGAGGAUCUUUCGGGUCCUCAGGUUGCUCAGGGCUGGUAGGUUAUUGAUCUCGGUGCCCGAGCUCUACAUUCUGGUGAGUGGUUUGACCACUUCCAUCAAGGCCAUCUUCUUUGGCUCCAUCAUGCUCGCCUCUGUGGUCUUCGUCUGGGCCAUUGUGAUGGUCGAGUUGGUUCACCCGUUGAACUUGGAGAUCGAUUAUACCCAGACCUUGUGUCCCCGCUGCCCACGGAGCUUCUCUACUGUCUACUCCGCGUCCCUGACGCUCUUCAGUCAGAUCGUGGCGGGCGACGGCUGGGGCACCCUGUCGCUGCCCUUGGCGGAGGCGCAUCCCUGGCUCUCCGUGAUCCUCUUCGCCAUUAUUAUCUCCAUCUCGCUGGGGGUCAUGAACCUGAUUCUGGUGGUGAUCGUAGAGAAAGCGGCGGAAGCGCGGCAGAACGAUCUGGACCGGAAGUUGGCGCAGAAAGAUUUGGAUCGUGAAAAGAAUAUGAUCGAGUUGGCAUUGUUGUGCGAUCGAAUGGACACGGACAAAAGCGGCGCCCUGUCCUUAGAAGAGAUGCUUCAUGGCUAUGUGAACGAGAGGAAGUUUUAUACCUUGAUGCAGGAAUCGGGUAUUGAGAAGGAUGACAUUCAGACCAUGUUCAAUGUCUUGGACGCGAACAAUUCUGGAGAGCCACCUCUGUGGUUGGUCGACUACCUCGAGUUCUGCAAUUUGUUGGGAAGGUGCCCCAAGCGCGACCCCAUGAUGCUGGCUGCUAUGACCAGGCAUUCCGUGAUGGAAUUGCGGAAAAUUUUACAGCAGGAUAUACUGGAAGUUGUCAGGGAGCAGACGGAGCUUCUGAAAGAGCAGUUGGAUCUCUUGUGCCACAUCCCACAGUGCGAAGCCGCCGGUCGGGCGCUGCAGAAGCGUCGCGAUGAGCGGAGCGCCAGUCAGCGGAAGGUGCAGAGGGCGACGGCCGGCGUCAGCGGCUUCAGCCAGCUGCAGGUGCAGCUCGAAGAGUUGUCUCGCUGGGCCACGCAAGUGAUGCUGGCCGAAGUCCCGAAGUCGCCUGUCGGCCUGCCGAGAGGCUUCCUCGAGCGGCCUGACUCGCGCAGUUCCGUAGGAUCUUCUCAAGUUACCGCCAAGACCAGCUCGUCGCUGUGUCGGAACUUUCCGGUGGCGGGUCAGUGGAACGAGAUCGACCGACAGUUUCAACAGCUCAAUGGGAAGUUCGAUGAACAGCUGCGAAGGGAGAAGGAGAUGGAGAAGAGGUGUAAGAGGCUGAUGGAGGAUCUAUCCUCAACCCUGGAGGGUAAGAGUUGGGUGAUCAAGGAAGACCUCUGACCUCAGUCUUUUUUUGGCAGAUUUUCGACCAUACGUUCCCCUAAGGGGAGGUGCUUGACGAAAGUUACCUACGGGCCUACGUUUCACACGUUUCACCUUCUUACCGCAAUUCUUGCAUAGCCCGGUGAACUGAAAUGCACUUGGGUUCCGAUGUCGGAUCAAUGCUCCGAGUGGUCCAGAUAUAGCUGAGAGGUUGUAUUGAGCUGCUUGGUGGUUAGUUUCUUCUUUGAAGAUCCCAAAAAGGGAUGACCC